ACUUCUUCUAUGAACUAUUGAAUUGUGAAAGACAGGAAGCAUAAAUGUGAAAGAUUUUACAGUCUUAUCUAUCGAAAUUGACAGCAGUAUCUUUUGAUUAUCUCACUUUACAAAUAUACUUUUACAAUAAAUUUUUCAUGAUUUUACUUCCCUCCCAACCAUUAAUUAGUGUAUAUAUGUAAACAUCAGAAGAAACAAAAUAGGAAAAUAGUAAAAUCUUUAUUCGAGGAAAUUAAUUACUCCACUAAUCAUGUAGUAGCAGUUGUUGUUGUGCCUAUAAAAUGCUUCCAAACACACAAUUUCUAUACAAACUCAAUAUAUUUAUAUUUUAUCUUUCGCCGUAAAAUGGAAAACACCGUUGAUGAUCACCGUCUCCAACUUUCAUAUCCGCAAAGCUUCGGCGUCGAAACUCAUCAAAGUUUAGAAAUGUAUGGGCUACACAAAGAGACGCCGUUAGUCUGCAUGCCUCUUUCAGGAGCUAAAACUCCGUUUUCUAACCUCACGGUGACGGAGCCCUUUAACGGACCUGACACGUUUGAUAUCUCAUCUCUAUUCUCUCCUGACCCAAAACCCGUACUCGUAAGUCAGCGUCGGGUUAUGGAUGAUUCCAUCGCGGCCAUAGUUGGCGAAAACGUACUGUUCGGGAAUAACAACAUAAAAGUCUCCGAGCACUUCACGGCAACUGAGACCGGAGACGGCGUGAAGCGGUGGAGGAAGACGCCGCAGAAGAACGGAGGGUUCAGAGGUGUGAGAAAACGUCCGUGGGGGAGGUGGUCGGCGGAGAUAAGAGACAGGAUAGGGCGGUGCAGACAUUGGUUAGGAACGUUCGACACGGCGGAAGAGGCGGCACGUGCGUAUGACGCGGCGGCGGUGAGGCUUAGAGGGACCAAAGCUAAGACCAAUUUCGUGGUUCAUCCGGUCUUUCCGGAGGAGAUAGCUGAGACUCAGUCGUCAACGACGGAGGAGGAUAGGAGGAGGAAGAAGAAGAAGAGGGUGAACGUGAGGAAGUGUGUUAAAGUCACAUCGGUUGAACAAUUGUUCAGUGAUACCACUAGGAACUUAACUUCUUCUAGUAAUGAUGGAAACGUGACUAAUCCCUUUAACAAUCUUGAGAAAAUGGGCUUAGAGCACCCCCAUUAGUGAACCCCAUGAAAGGGGUUCACAAAGUAUUUUUUUAUUAUUAUUUUUUAGUUUGAUUUUUGUUUUAAAAAAAAAAAAAUACUUUUUCGGACCAAUCGCGGGCCGUCAGGUGCCGUGGGGCCCGCGCUACAGUGACGAACCAAGUUCACUGGGAAGAGAUGCAGAGAGACAAGUUCAUCAUCACUAUUCCUUAUUUUAAUAUUUUUUUUUUUGGAAUCUGUGUGAACCUCCCAUAAAUUCACUAAUGGGGGUGCUCUUAGAGGUUGAUUUGAAGUUGGGUUUAGGUUUAUUUAGAAACUGUUAAUCACUUAUUGCUUAAUAGUUACGUUCUUUAAUGUCUUCUUUUGUUGGGUUAUUUUGUGUGCAUGAAUAUGAAUGAAGUAUUUUCUUUUGAUUGUUUGUGAAAUGUAGAGAACUGCAGUUCUUGGUCUGUUGGACAUAAUUCUUUAACAUGUAGUUUGUCUUAAUACAUUAUCCGUUUGUUUUACUUUUGGGGAUAUGACUAUACAUUGGUGAAGAAUUAAAUGAAACUGGCACUACAGUUCCAGUGACAAUAUAAAAUGUGAAUUGUUGGGUCAGAUAGAGGUAGUAAUUAACAUAGGAUAUAGAAGCUGGGCGCAGAAAUCAUGGGAUCAGUGUAGCUUUUUUUUUGUGAAUAGUUGAAUAUAGAUCUUGUUUCUUCUUUUUUUUUUUUUCCGACAAAGUUUAUUUAAUAAAGGCCCAAAGCCCAUCACAAUUACAAGGCCCACAUCAAAUACGGCCCACUAACAAACCACUAACAAACCGCAAGCCCAAGAACGGCCCUAGGCCCAAGAGAGCAAAAUGAUGUCGGCCGCGUUCCAUCGCGAACCGCCGCAUCACUUCUGCCUCGACUAUCACCGGAGAACCACCCACCGGUACACCGAAACCACCCCGGAGCACAUCGACUCCACACCAUCUUCACCGCGACCGCCUAUCCUCCCAAUUAAGCCUAAUCUCGGAGAGAAUCAAUCGUGGCCGAGAUCUCAUCCGCCACAGUUCAAUACAGGGCCAAAAAGUAGGGGGCUUCGCUCAAACAAACGAUCUUCCACCAGAGAGCAUCCAUCGUCCUCCGACGAGGGCUCAGCCAACAAAACCAGAGCCAACAACACAUAACUAGUGACAAACACAGAAAAUAAAAACUAGACCCUAGAAAGGAACUAAGGGACCGUUAGCCGGCAACAAUGGAACUGUCGGAGCCUCCACGUUCCGGGAGCUUAAGCGGCGCUGCAGAGCUGACGAAGCCUCCACAACCCGGGAACUUGAGCGGCGAUGCAAGAGCUAUGGGAGCCUCUACAUCCCGUGACCAAAACGACGCUGAAACGAAGAUCUACCAGACGUACCUCCUCGCCGCGAAUCCAGAAGAAGAAAAGUCGCCGCGAGCCGAUCUCUUCCCGGAACGAAACCCUACCCCAGAUCCGCGCGCAUGUCGGAGAUACCUGACAGAUCGGAACAACCAGACGAUGACUUGAACGGAAUGACAGGGUAAAGAGCCAACGGCGCCGGUACGCGCUCGGACGCGCCACCGGACGCCGUGGCUACCUUACACGCUUUCUCUUUCUCUUUCUCUCUCUCUCU